AUGGCCGGCCAGUCGCGAUGGGCCGAUGAGGAGGAGGACGCCGAGAUCGAGGCCCAGCGCAAGCGCGAGAAGGAGGAAAAGAAGCGCGCCAAGGCAGAGAAGCAGCGCAAGCUCGAGGAGGAGGCCCGCAUCGCCGAGGAGCGCCGCAAGAAGGAACAGGAAGCUGCAACCGCUGACGAAGACCGCCCCGCGAAGAGACGGAGAGUUUCGCAGCCAGGCGACGGAGAUGGCCCGAGACGGAUGCUGCGCUUCGCCGCGCCUGGCUGGGGACCCUGCCGCCGCGUCGACAAUUUCGAGAGGCUGAACCACAUCGAGGAGGGCUCAUACGGCUGGGUGUCGCGCGCCCGCGAAACCGCCACCGGCGAGGUUGUCGCCCUCAAGAAGCUGAAGAUGGACAACCUGAACGACGGCUUCCCAGUUACCGCCCUGCGCGAGAUCCAGACGUUGAAGGAGUCCCGAGACCACCGCCAUAUUGUCGGCCUGCGCGAAGUUGUAGUCGGAGACACUCUCAAUGAUGUCUUCUUGGUUAUGGAUUUCCUCGAGCACGACCUCAAGACACUACAAGAGGAUAUGGCCGAGCCUUUCUUACCGUCCGAGGUCAAGACAUUGAUGCUGCAGCUGACCUCUGCUGUUGGCUUCCUCCACGAACACUGGAUAUUACAUCGAGACCUGAAGACUUCCAACAUCCUGAUGAACAACCGCGGCGAGAUCAAGAUUGCAGACUUCGGCAUGGCCCGCUACGUCGGCGACCCAGCUCCUCCCGACCUGACACAACUCGUCGUGACGCUCUGGUAUCGCGCGCCCGAACUGCUCCUUGGCGCCAAAGAGUACGACAGCGCAAUCGACAUGUGGAGCAUAGGCUGCAUCUUCGGUGAGCUCUUGACCAAAGAGCCGCUCCUUCAAGGCAGCAACGAGAUCUUCAAGCUCUGCGGCCUCCCCACCGACAAAUCCUGGCCAUCGUUCCGCCGCCUGCCUAACGUGAAAGCACUCCGCCUGCCCCGCGAUCCCGACCCGCACUCGACGACGUCGCUCAUCCGCUCCAAGUUCCCUUUCCUCACCAACGCCGGCGUCGACCUCCUCUCCUCGCUCCUCGCCCUCAAUCCCGCCAAGCGCCCGUCCGCCGAGGAGGUCCUCGAGCACCCGUACUUCACCGAGACCCCCCGGCCGAAGAGGACGGAGAUGUUCCCGACUUUCCCGAGCAAGGCGGGCCAGGAGAGGAGGAGGAAGAGGGCCAGCCCGAGGGCGCCUGAGAGAGGAGAUGCGCCGAGACUGGGCGGUGGAGGUGCGGGCGGCUCGAAGGAGGUGGUGGAUUUCAGUGGAAUCUUCGCGGGGAGGGAGGAGGGUGGUGCCGGGUUCAGUUUGAAGUUGGUGUGA